AUAACAUCGUUAUUGCCAAUAUUGGAUCGGCACGUACCGCUCUGUCGUCCAUUUCGCACGGCACAGUCCACCAUGGUCCACUGUUAGUUGUUGGUUUUCGUCUCCGUCCCUUUUCUCAUUUUCUUGUAAACGUCUUCUACUGUAGUAUUCUUGAACAGUCCCUACCUACCUUUGUUAGUCGUGCAUUAUCCUUUCCAGUCAUUCUUACUCUGUCUAUCAACUACUGACCCCGUCUGUAGUGGCUACAACGCUCUCUCAGUGAGUAACAAGUUCAGCAUAACGCUCUCCUUCUCUCAACGACCUACAUAUUCCAGUCAGUCCAUUCAGCCAACGUUUGAAGAAGAUUAUAAAAGGAACGGACAAUUCACUCAACAUGUCCAGUCAAGAAGUCAAAGGGUUUGCUCGGGAGGUGCUGCGAGAAGAUGCUACUACGGAAAGUCUUCAGGCUGCUGUGCCUCCUGAGCAGCCGCAAUUGUCCUCCGCAUCACGUAAAGUGACAUGGAUAUCAUCAUCACACCCAUGGACAUACUGCUACUCAAUGGGAACAAUGCUCAUUCUUGUGAUCUGCUGCGAGGGUUGGCGUCUUCGAGAUGAAAUCCUCUCCACUAUUGUACACUACAUAUUUAGUGUACAUAGUGUAGAGGUGAAUGAGGAAGACGAAAUUCGCCACAACUGGACACUACUGCACCACUGUGCAUGGCGUGGAAAGGAUCGACUAGCGAAUAUACUCAUCGGACGAGGAGCUAAUAUCAAUGUGCAGGACAGCUUGUACCGAUGGACUCCACUUCACUAUGCAGUCAACCAUAACCGGAUCAACGUUAUCAAGGUGAUACUGUCACAUGACAGUGACGGUGUCACCUUGGAUACCACACUGCGUGACAGGGAAGGGAGAACAGCGUUGGACCUCGCCAGGCAACAGCAGCAUGAGGGAUUUGUGCAGUUGCUGGUGGAGCACGAGAGUGCGAAGUGUUGAAACAUGGUGAGGCGUCAUCUUGAAGCUGCCCUGCUCACCUGCCCAGCGGUGGCCUCUAUUCGUUCCUGGCUUAGCUGUCAACUGUCUACAUUCUACUGGUAGUGAGUCGCUCGACAGCUGAACACCUCAAGCAUCUGAAGACCCCCGCACUUGGCAGAGUAUGGUCUGGUGGUCAAUGUCAGCAAGUGUGUCUUGAUGCAACCCUCCGUGACAUUCCUGGGUCACAAUGUCAAAGCCACUGCCGGCGGCGGCAUUGAGACACUGGCAGAGGAAGUCAAGGCUAUGGUGGACUACCCUCUCCAGACACUCACUCUGCUCUCUACCUCGCUUUCUAGGUUUGGUUAAUCUCUACCGACGCUUCAUCCCGGAUUGUGCAUGCGUUCUUCAGCCGCUCGCGGAUUUGUUAGCAGGCCCUCAAUCUCCCACAAACCUUUGUCGCGAACGUCGCGAUGAAAUACAUGAAAAUGAAUUCUGAAUAACUAAUUUGUAUUUUGCAUUACAUGACGAUGAUUAACAUUAGUGUUUUCGUAUAUACCAUGACAAUGAUUGUACUCUCUUACUCUCUUACAUUGUGGCUGAUUCCACGCUUGGGUUAGCAGAAUUCUGGUUCCCUAUCUUCAUUUCUAAUGAUUGACUCCAUUUCACUUCAAAGUAGCUUCGAAGGUAGUCUUCGUUUCUCUAGUCUUUGCAUUUCGUUCUGAAACAAAUUCUUCGUUAUGUUUUCAUACCGUGAGUAGUCUCGCGCUCUUGAUUUGUUUUGCUCACGCAUGACUUUCCUUUCUGUUCUUUUUGUUAUGCAUGACCAUGAUGACGUAUUGGUAUGAUGUAUAUGUGUACGUGACCACUUGACCACGUGACUAUGUGUUCACUAACUACAGAGUCUGCAGACUGUAGCCUAGUGUAGGCUAGUGCACUUUAGCCAUUUGCUCUCCUUGCUGUUACUUCUUCUCCGUUUCUAUUUUGUCGCUGCGCUAGUUCCUUUUUCCACCAUUCCACGCCAAUGAAAGUCGUGGUCGCCAAUUAAAUGCAUGAUCUUUGUGCGCAGCUGCCUGUGGAUGCAGCUGCCCUGUUUCCGUUCCAUUUGGAUUUAGAUUGAGAAAGAAACUUUCCAAAUCAUAAAUGAA